UUGCAGCUCAUGCAAUCCUCAAAGUGUAUAUUAAACACUGAACAUUUCUUUUGCUCUCUCUAUCUCUCUUGGUUAAGGUCCUCAAAUUAAACAACAAAAUACAAACACAUCUUCCCCUCCCUCCCUCCCCCAUGGAACUUCGACUUCCCACCCACGGCGAACUAAUCACCAUUCUUAGCAUUGAUGGAGGUGGAAUUCGAGGGAUCAUACCAGGAACCAUACUGGCCUUUCUAGAGGCUCAACUUCAGAAACUGGAUGGUGAGGAGGCGAGACUUGCUGACUAUUUUGAUGUCAUUGCUGGGACUAGCACCGGUGGCCUCGUGACUGCCAUGAUUACUGCCCCGAACGAGAAGAAUCGUCCUCUUUAUGCAGCCAAAGAUAUAACGGAUUUUUAUCUUGAACACUGUCCUAAAAUAUUUCCCCAAGACAGAUCGCCACUCGCACCUGCUACAAAUUUGAUCAAAACUAUAACAGGACCGAAAUAUGACGGUGAAUAUCUGCAUGAGCUCCUCAGAGAAAAGUUAGGAGAAACACGAUUGAACCAGGCACUGGCCAACGUUGUGAUCCCAACUUUUGACAUCAAGCUACUCCAGCCAAAAAUCUUCUCCACCUAUGAGGUGAAGAUUCACCCUUGGAAAGAUGCUUUGCUCUCGGAUAUAUGCAUUGGAACCUCUGCAGCCCCAACUUACCUUCCUGCCCACCAUUUUAAAACCCAAGAUUCUAAUGGUGUAGUGGAAGAAUUCAAUCUUAUUGAUGGUGGAGUUGCUGCAAAUGAUCCGACUUUAGUUGCUGUUAGCGAAAUGACCAAAGAAAUCGUACGCGGCGCCCCUGGCUUCUUUCCAAUAAAACCGACGGACUAUUCUCGGUUUCUGGUUAUAUCUUUGGGUACUGGUUCAGGAAAAUCCGAAGAGAAGUAUGAUUCUGAACAAGCAGCCAAAUGGGGGGUUUUGGGAUGGUUGACUAGCGAACACUCUACUCCGUUGGUUGAUGUUUUCACCCAAGCAAGCAGUGACAUGGCUGGAUAUCACCUUGCUGCUGUUUUCCAAGCCCUGCAAUCUGAAAACAGUUAUCUCCGUGUCCAGGAUGAUACACUAACGGGUGCAAUUGCAUCUGUGGAUAUUGCUACGAAAGAAAACUUGGAGAAUCUUGUAAAAACUGGGGAAGAUUUGUUGAAAAAACAAGUUUUAAGGGUGAACUUGGAGACUGGUAAACUUGAGCCUUGUAACCAGGGAACAAACGAGGAGGCUCUCAUCAGAAUGGCUAAAUUGCUUUCCGAGGAGAAGCGGCUUCGUGACAUGAAAGCACCGCGUGGAAGCACUGCCAGAAAUUAAGAAACGAAACAAAUUGUUAAAUUGAUAAUACCACUAGCAGUAUUUUUAACCAAUUUAUUUACUUACCUUUUUUAGUUAAUUUCAAAUAAAUUUCAGGUGGACUAGCCAGCCUUGAGUCUUGAUUCUUUGCCUUGUAUUGGAUUCUUUCAAAUUAUUGUUAUUUUCUUUGAAUAAAAAUUUUAACAUUUGCUUU